UUGUGUUUUUUGCUUGGAGUCGAUGAUUGGGUCGGUCAUUUUUGUGCAGUGCGAAAUUCCUCCGUUCCUCGACGGGCAAAAAUGACUUCGCAAUUGACAAAAUACGGUGAAGAAGUCUGAUAUGUUGUCGGUGAAGUGAGAGUGAUUCAUGAUUGGAUUUUAAUUUUUUAUUUAGAAACGACGACAAAACGCAAAAAUGGAUUUUCCGCAGCAGAUCGAAGAAAUUUUAACUGAAAAACCAGCACAAUUCGAUGUUACAAUGGAUCCAAUACUCGACGAGAAAAGUCAAAACACAAAAUUCGAUCCGGACACAGUAUUAGCCGCUCUACUCAAUCAGCAUGCAACCAAUGCGAUAUCAACUAAUAUUCAGGCGAAUGAUUUGAAAAACAACGCAAUGUCGUCCAGCAUUGGAAGUAUCCUCGAAGACACUACACCCAGUGAUUCAGGCGUACAACUACUCGACUCCGAGUCCAGUGAAUUAAUGAUAGAAUCAAUAUCGUCGCAAAAUGGUUUCGAAUUCGAUGAUAAGUCUACAGCUGUAACGACGACCGGACCGACAUCAGGAAAUUUAAGCGUUACCAGUGGGAUAAACAAUCAAUUGCCAGAUCUAGUCUUACCGGCUGGCGAACAAUCGCCGAAGCCUCUCAUUGCAAUGACUAAAAGUGAUUUUGAGAACUCGAAUGUCGUUGAACAGAAGCAACCGGACAUUACAACAAAUACAACCACUGAAGAUAUUAUGACGACCAGUAAUUGUUCGACAUUCGACACGGAGAAUAUUGUUUACAGGCGAAGAGUGAAGAAACCACACGCUGUCACAAAACAGGCUCCCAAGAAGCGAGUGUCGUUUCACGAAGAUAUACUGAAAAAUACUCGCACAGAUAACAUUCAUAUCGAGCACGGCUUCAUUACCUACAAGAACGGGAGGAAGGCAGGCGUUGUUCCCGGCCGUUAUUCUUGGUGUUCCGAAGGGGAUGGCGAGGAGUUCCACAACCAUCAAGCAGAGAAUCAAGCUGGGCAAGUUGUAUACCGAAAUGCUUGCUCAGAUGUUCUAGAUUAUGGAAAUGCCGAUAUUUAUGAAAACGUUGAGAGUAAUUACUUGCAAUACGACAAUUCCGGUGUAUUUGAGUACCACCACCAGGACAAAGCACAGCGGAAGAAUGCAAACCAUGAGAAGCGCUUGUACAAAUGUUCAUGCUCAAGUUCCAACUCCAGCUUGGAGGAUUCCGGUGGAGAAGAUAAUGGCAACAAGAAUGGGAAUCCUGGCAAAUAUACCCAGGCUAAGUCGAGUUCCUGCGACUGCAUUGGGAUGAAUAACACUAACAACAAUUUCAUCGGGGAGAACUGUUACUUUUCCGAACCAAGCAUUGACUAUUUGAACGAGAAUAAUACUCGCAAGUCGGUUUGGAGCAAGGAGAAAAAGCCAAAGACCAGUUGCUUGAAAAAAACUCGUCGGCAUACUGAUAUCAUUCAAGAGCAUGAUUUGAACAAUAAAAUGAAAAAGUUCAAUGUUCACGAUGUAAAUAACUUGAUUGACAAUAGUAAAAUGAUUUUUGGGUCAUUGAAAAGUAUUUUUACAAUUCCAUUGCCCGAACGUGGCGUGCCAGAGGGUUCGGAAGAUGUGCAAUCCGUAUAUGAGUGUAUACCGGAGAAUGAGCCAGUGAAACCAACUUCUCCGAUGAAGCCUCGCCCGUUCUUAAGCAAAAGCCUAGAUGGAGGCUUAAAAACCGAUCAGAAUAAUCAAAAGAAGAAAUUUGUUCAUAAUGUGGACGAGCAGUUGCGACGCAAAAACGAAGAUGAUUUGUAUGCUCCCACACGACAAAACAGUGACGACGAAAAGCAAUCUGAUAAGGGGGAUAAGACGCCGGAAGCUGAAAUAACAGCUCCGCCUGCAGAUAUUGUAUCUGACAUGUCACAGUUCCGUAAUAAGUUUAUAAUCAAUUGUGAAAGUACAGUUUUUGAGCACACCGGAGUUUCUUAUACAUACGAAGCGGAGCCCGUUGAUCCAAACGUAGUGGGAGUUGGGGAGAAGGCCACUCCGGUAGCGGAAUCUUCGCAAUCCAUGACGUCUACCUUCAUUUCGGCUCCAAUUAAACAGACUUUUGUGAACAUAUUUAAAAGCUUGACAGAGACCGCGACAUCUCCCACAGUAAAAAAGGAGGACGAGACAAUGCAGUUCUUCCCAAAGAAAUCAGGCUCUGGGGAUGGAACUCCAACGAAACAGCAGCAACUGCAAGGAAAACAACGACGCUCUUCGUGCAAUAUCAUGACAGCAUCGGUAGACAGGCAAUCAAUUUGCUCCGAUGUCACUACUUCAACUAACACAACUACAAAUAAUUGCGACUUGUCUGAUACACCUUGGCAAAAAGUCCAUGCCAACUCCAGCAAAUUGUCGCCAAUAUCGCAAAAACAGACAGCGAAUUGGGCACAAAAUCGGCAUCUUCCAUCACCCAUGAAACGCCGCAAUGGUAGCGGUGGAACUCUCGCAACGGCUCGUUACGAUCGCGCUCGAAUGAGCCCCGAUCUCUUCAAUUUGUAUGGAACUGGUCGUGAUUCGAAAAACACACUUUUCAGUGAAGAGUUCGAUGAUAUUUUAACAAUUACUACAGACGCCGAUAAGAAUGAAAGUGAUAUAGUUAUUUUAGAUUAUCCGGAAAGUACGCCUGAGAAACAGGAUUCUGCUCAUUCCAGUACACAAAACUUACUAAAGCCUCCAAAGUCGAGUUUGAUUAAUCGUUUCCUCCGCAAUGUGACACAAAAGAAAAUCAUAGAGACUUCGAUUCGAAGGAAUAAUUUCUUUGCUGAUAAGAUUAAGAACGAGCAAAAGCUUUUUGCUGGCAAUUUAUAUUUGAAGGGGGUGAAGCCACGAAACCCUGAAUUAAUUGAGGAUUUAAAUGCGGAAAUUGCUAUGGAAAUCGAAAUGUCUGGGGUGAAUUCGCCACGUAGAGAGCUUGUGGGUGCUGAGGCUGGAAUGGCAGGUGAUAUUUCACGAUUCGAAUUGGGAAUUGGUGAGAUUUCCGUUGAAAUAUUCAAUGGAAAUUGUUUACAUCUGUUGCGGGAAGAGAAUGAGGUUUUACUGAAGGUGUUUAAGUUGUAUACUGGAUACAGCAGGGAGGGAUAUAUGACUCCUGUUUUAGUUUUCCUGACUGAUCGGACCUUAUAUGUUACUGACUUAGUUCGCAAUCGAUUGUGCAAUAAAUUCGUUUUGGCGUAUUCGGAACUGGAUGUGAUUUUGAUGGGUCCAUACGGAAAUACUGUGCUUUUAAGUAACAGCGCGAGGGACAUGCAGCAAGUGUUGUUGGCGGGUGGACCGUAUCCAGCUGACGGGCUGGUAGCCAACUUGGAACUUUGCGCACGACGUAGUGGCUCUACUCUUCCGGCAGUCGGUCAGUUGACGUUGGAACAUUUAGCCCCGCUACAAGCUUUUGUAUGUGAAAACUCGUCUGUUUCACGGAAAGACGCGUGGGUAUAUUAUGCUGUUGUCAAUGUUCCGGCUGGCGCUUUGGGGUCUGAACAGGAGCCUCUAGGACCGCAUAUUAAGGGCUUUUUGAUGCAUCGACGUUUGCAAGAGACGACCGUGAUGCGGGAAACUUGGCAACCCGGAUACUUUUUGUUGAAGGCUGGAGUACUUUACAUGUUCAAUGACUCGACACAGAAACUUCCAACAUGGGCUAUGGCACUAGCUGAGUGUCAAGGUGCUCGACGAGCCGUGAAAACAGGACGGCCGCAUUGUUUUGAAAUUCUACUAAAGCACGAAGUAUUACAAUUGGCAGCACCCGAUGAAUAUGUGGCAUCGGAAUGGUUACAAGCGCUAGUACAAACUGCUAGCGGGGUAAGAUUGUUUGAGAUGCAAGAGAAGCACAAAACUCUCGGUUGUACAUUGGUUAUGACUGAGAAUCACUUGAUCACGUUGCGCGAGGACUUCCGAGCCCCAUUGCGUCGUGUUAAUAAGUCAGGCGAUAGCUCCUCGCUAGGAAAAGCUUCUCCAUUCAAGGAGAAUGUUGAUCCGAAUACUUUAGAUAUAAGCAGUGCAAUGAGUUCCGUAGUCAGUACGCCAACUAAAAAUACACAUCGCUCAAAUUCAUCUCUAACAUCAACGCCGACAAAGCUCUCGUCACAACUAUCACGAUCGACAACAGUAACAACUCUAACAACACAUACAAACACAACGCAACAAGGACAUCACUCGCAAAUCCAUUAUUCUGUUGAAAAUGAGAAGAGCUUCACAAGCAUGAGCAGUAUCUAUGGGAAAAAUUCCGGUGUUGAAGUUUUAACGAGUGCCGCCAUUGAAGAAAUGAUCGCCAUACGUAUACCAUCGCACAAUGAUAGUUGGUGGUGCAUUUUGGAGUUCUCUUGUCAGGAAGUACGCGAGAAUUCAGAUGAUUUAGUGAUAUUUUUUGCCAGCAGUUCGGAAAUGCAACGAUUUCUACGGAUGCUUGAACAGUUGUGGCAAGCGAAAAAUAAUGAUCUGUUCCCUGUAACAAUACUCGAUGAAGAUGAUUCGCUAUCAGAACAAUGCACGAAUCUAUACAUGGACAUUAACCGAUCCUGGGAGCCAUUGCUAUCAGCUGCACUUGGAUAUCCUCGAUAGGCACUCAUUCCGUGAGCAAAUCCCUACACACAUAGAAACAUUAUAAUUAGUCGCAAAAUCCCGGAAAAGAUAUUAUUCAAAAUAUAUUCAAAAAACACACAUCAUCAUAUUCAGCCUAAAUACCCUACAAACAACAACAUAUUAUAUUUUAUUCAUGAUCCAAUCUCUAUUCUAUCCCCUCAAAUCUCUUUCUCUCUAUCGAUCUAAGACUAAUUCUAUAUAAACCUAAUGCUAAUCAAAGUUAUCUUUGUAUUAGAUGGAAGCUACUUUAGAAACAGACAAGAUGAAAUUCAAUGAAGAUAGACGAAAUUAAACACCAGAUUUUAGUUGUUUUCGUAGGACAACGGUGGCAGCCUCUUUAUUUUGUGAUAUUUAUAAGCAUAUGCAAUAUAUCAAUAUGUAAAUGUGGUAUAGUGAUAUGUUGUGACCAUUAUUUUUGUAAUAGCGAAAGAAAGAUCAAAAUGAUAAUUAUAUUAAUUUCCUCGGUGUCGUAAGUAUUAUCAAAAUGGAUAUUUGUUAAGUUUGUAUGUAUUUUUAUCCUUGAAAGUCGGUUUCGUUUUUUUCUUAAAACAUGGCUUGAAUUUCCAAAGAAUACGGAAAAUGAUAUUCUCACAUGGCUCCGACAUUUUGUAACUAAUCCUUUUUUUCUCGUAUUGUGACAAAGAUGAUUUACAUACACAAUACGGGUCCGAUAUUACUUGUAAGCUUCUAGUCAGUUGAAUGUUGUUCACUAAAAGCUUUUUAUUUGUUGUGUAUGGAAACAUUUCUACAUUUUUUUUUAUCUGAAAAUGUUUACUAAAUAUUUGCUAAAAAGCCAAAAAUAUUAUAUAUAACUUUACAUUCUUUAAGUAUAUAAGUGUAUUCAGUUUAUUUUCAAAAUGUACGCAUAUUUUUCUACGUUGUUUAUGUACAAGUUAUUUUCUGCUGAUGUCAUUUCCAGUAACUUUCUUAAAAAUUUAUUAUUUCAACGAGAAAAAAAAAACAAAGGAUGAUUGUAUGGAAAAUAUAAAUGUAUAUGUGUAUGUUUAUGUUUAGUGGCAUAGCAUGAUGAUAUUAAACUAGUUGAAUGUUUAAAUUGAUUCUUUGUUUUACACCUUCAGUUUCCUCUCAAGCUACUCACUCGUUUGAGUCAUAUCUUGCGGAUUUCACGAGCUUGGUCGUAAAUCAGUUCAACUUAUCUUUUUAAUCUUUAGUUCAAUUCGUAUUUUCGACUCGUUAUUUUGGUUUCAUUGUUCAAUAUCUAAGAGUUGAUUGUUUGUGGACUUACGACUUAUAUGGGCUUUCCUCUGAAAACUAAUAUCUUCGAUGUUUUCUUCAAUGGGACUUUGAGAGGAAAUAUAUGACAUGAUGUCCAGGGAGUUUACAGCGAGAUAUGCAUGUCUUGUCAUAUUGUAAUAUAGUUGUUUAUGUGGUGUGGUUGGUAGGUAAACAAGCGGCUCUCUUUGAUAACCAAUUUUAUUUCAUUGUGGAGACCUCAGUCGAAUGUGUAAUCGCUUCAGGUACCCAGUUUGUACGUGGACACACAAUUUGGGCAGCUAUAUUUUAUCACAGGUUAGAUGGGAAGUAUUGUACGAGUAUACUAACACGUUUUCUCAGUCGUUAGUCAGUUCUUUCCACCGAAGUCUUGUCCUAGUUCAUAAGUUUGUUUCUCGUUUGCUUUUUGUGAAUCAUAUCUAUGUUACCCAUCUUUUUUUGUCAACAACAUGCGUUUAUUUGUUGUGCUUUUUUCCAUACAUCAUAAACGUUUAAAUGAAAGUAAAUUAAAGUCAAUGAGGGUAUUAUCUGGAGUCCAUCAACAAUUACACCACUACAAUUUCAGGCGGGGCAUCAAAGGAGCGUGUUUUUAUGAUAGAACACGAAGUUUUUUCUGUUGAUCAAUUCGAACCGUUUUUCAUCAGAUGCCUAACGUAACUCCUCUAGUUGAUCAUCAUCAUCAUCGACGACGCAACAACCGCUAUCCGGUCUAGACCUGCCUUAAUAAGGAACUCCAGGUCAGAGAAGCCCAAUUAUCGUCGUGGUGCGCCAUUUUGGCGCCAAAAACUAGUAAAACCAUAACUGUUGUGAUAAAAGCCAGGAGGCAGAGUGCAGCCGGUUCAGAUCUUCAGAGCCAGCCUGUAGCAUCCACCAAGGAAAGCAGCUCUCCCACCUUGUAGCUAAAGAUCUCUCUGAGGUUCCUUAAGAGUUGUUUACAAAGUGUCCGCAGUCUGGCUCUAGCUGGAGCUGGGCAAUCGCAAAGGAAGUGCUUGGGGUUUCUCCCUCUUCUCCACAGGCCAGUGCCCACCGUAAUCUUGUAUGCAUUUGCACAUGUUUAGCACAAGAGUUCUCGCGAUCGGGUUUUAUUAUAGGCGGACGAAAUCCUCCUUGGCUUGGCACAGGUGGUGAGCCUUCGCCAUUUGAGGUACGUGACUGCAGUCCGUCAGCCCACUCUUUAGCCUCUAUGUUCCUAUGAUCGGGAACUUAGAGUAAGGUGCCCUUGAGCGUGCCGCCCAGAAUAUUCACCGUGUUUCUGCACUGCCGCCACCAGCCUGGAGGAUGCCGCCGCUGAUUACAAAGCCUUAAUGGCUGCUUGGCUUUCGGUCAGAAUGACUAUGUUACAUUUGUGUGCAUUCGAGAAAACCCCUGCACCGACUCCACAGACCAUAUUUUAUCCGUCGUUGCAGAAUACUGCGACAUAGUUUUGCAAUACGCCGCCGGUCUUUUACUCUGUCCUGGUUGGAAAGUUCACAGCAAA